AUGGCCCUGCCUCUUCCCCCAGGGCUGGUGCCUUCAGAGGUUGCCUUUUUGUGCGAGAUGGAGCUUGUCACGGUCGUUCCGAGACAAAGAUUGGAGAGCAUUGAUCUUCUUACUGGCCAAACACCCCAACUCCAUCCGCCUCGAAGAACCAAUCUUCCCCUCUGGCUAGCCCUGCUCCUCAAGAAACAACGCCGAGCCAACAUUGUGCCCCCGCCAUGGAUGCAUCCCGACUCCCUUCGCGAUGUCAUCCACCACGAAACCAAGAUCGAUACCAAGGGAUGGGCACCGCCACCUCCGCCGCCUACCCGUGCUGAUUCUCUCGGAAACGCGAAACGGAUCAAUUCCCUCUCCGGCAAGGAAACUCUUCUUUCCCCGCCGUUUUUACCGUCCUGUACGGCGGAUGCCCCGUCUGGUGCUUUGCCGUAUCACUGGUUCGAGCUGGCAGAGAUGCUUCUCACGCACGCGGGUGACGAUAUUGUUUCGGCGUCAGAGGUGCGUUCCUUGUUGAGGGACCUGCAGGAAGUUCGGGCGGCGAAGAUGAGGAGCAGUACGGCGCAGUUGGAGAGUGGUGUUGAUGGAGUCAUGAGCCUGAGGGGCGUGGGGGCCAUGGAGUUGGCUGAGAGUAGGGGAUUUGUUACUGGGGUUGUGGAGGGCGUGAGGAAGAUUGGGGCGAGUGGUGAGGCUGUGAGGAGAGAGGAGGAGGAGGAGAGAGGUGUUGGUGAUGAUGAUGAACCCAGUGAUGAUGAUAUGGGAUUAUGA